UUCCCUAUCUUGUUAAUUUAUAUUUAUUUAAAAAUGUCAAGGUUAAUGCAAUUGUCACGUGCUGUCUCGCAAAAAUCGUUUGUCAAUCUUACUUCACUGUCAUGUCAGCCUCGUUAUUCGACCGAUGCUUCAAACGACUCCAAGUCGUUCGUGAUGAACAUUUUCCGUGGGAAUCUUGCCGAGGAACAAGUCCUCCCGUAUCCACGAGCCAUAACUGAUGAGCAAGUUGAGUUUGUUCAAUCCAUGAUCGACCCAAUGGAUAAGUUCAUGCUGGAGGUAAACGAUGCCGCGAAAAAUGACGAGCUGGCUAAGGUUGAAGACCACACGCUGCAAGGAUUAAAAGAAAUGGGAGCGUUUGGUUUGCAGGUGCCCGUGGAGCACGAUGGGUUGGGUUUGUCAAACACACAAUAUGCAAGGUUGGUUGAGAUUGUUGGUAGAUAUGACCUUGGUGUUGGAAUUGCUCUUGGCGCGCAUCAGUCUAUUGGAUUCAAGGGAAUUCUAUUGGCUGGAAAUCCUGAACAGAAGAAAAAGUAUCUUCCUUCACUUGCGACAGGUGAAAAGUUCGCUGCAUAUUGCUUGACGGAGCCCUCUAGUGGCUCCGAUGCUGCUUCGAUUCAAACGAAAGCCGUGAAGAGCAGUUGCGGUAAAUAUUAUGUUAUGAAUGGAGGAAAGAUAUGGAUCAGCAACGGUGGGAUCGCUGAGAUAUUCACAGUGUUCGCAAAGACACCAAUUACUCAACCAGAUGGGACAACUAAGGAUAAAAUUUCAGCUUUUAUUGUUGAAAGGGCAUUUGGUGGAAUAACAAGUGGACCACCUGAAAAUAAGAUGGGAAUCAAAGCAUCGAAUACUGCAGAAGUUCAUUUUGAAGACGUGAAAAUACCCGUGGAGAAUCUUCUUGGGAAAGAAGGGGAAGGGUUUAAAGUCGCGAUGCAUAUUCUUAACAACGGAAGGUUCGGAAUGGCUGCUGCUUUGUCGGGAAACAUGAAAGCAAUGAUAGAGAAAGCUGCCGAUCAUGCUAUGAAUCGUACACAGUUUGGGUCAAAGAUUCACACCUAUGGGGCGAUACAAGAGAAAUUUGCGAGGAUGUCAAUGUUACAAUACGUCACUGAGUCUAUGGCGUAUAUUGUGUGUUCUAAUAUGGAUGCUGGGUACUCAGAUUUUCAGUUGGAAGCAGCUAUAAGUAAGAUAUUUGCUUCAGAAGCUGCAUGGGCGGUGACGGACGAAUGCAUUCAAAUUCUUGGUGGGAUGGGGUACAUGAAAGAUUGUGGGGCGGAGCGGGUCAUGAGAGAUUUAAGAAUCUUCCGAAUCUUUGAAGGAACGAAUGAUAUUUUGCGAUUGUUUGUUGCAUUGACAGGCAUGCAAUAUGCUGGGAAAGUAUUAGAACCUUUAUCUAAAGCGAUGAAGUCACCACUGACGAACUUGGGAAGUUUUGCAAAGUUUGGGAUGUCAUACGCAUCAAAACGUGCUUCACAUAAGCUGGGUGUGGGUUCAGGUCCCUCCGUGACCGCUCACAGCGAUGUUGAUGAGUCGGCCAAACUUUUAUCAGCAUCGAUUUAUAACUUCGGUCUCACUGUUGAAGAUCUUGCCAUUAAACACGGAAAGAAGUUUAUAAGCAUGCAGUUCUUACAAAACAGAAUCGCAAACGCCGCCAUUGAUAUAUUUGCGAUGGUAGCAGUGAUCAGCAGAUCGACGCAAGCCUUGGAGAAGAAAACGGAAAAUGCGAGACUUGAAGCCACCAUGUGUAACAUAUGGUGCCACGAAGCAGCGGGCAGAGUAAAGGAAAAUCUCAGCAAAGUCACCGAUAAAACAAGUCUCAAAGAUUUUGAAGGAAUGAAGGAAAUAUCGGAUGCAGUCAUUGAAAACCAAGCCGUAAUCUCCUCACAUCCACUUGGCUUCUAAUUUAUUUAUUAUUAUUAUUACUCAUCCAGAUGAAAUUCAUUUAUUCGCUGUACGUUUCAAUAUUUUAUUUUUUGUUAUUUGUUUUCUGAUAGGAAAUGUAAAAUAAAUAAUUCAAUGCAAAGAUUUUGUUUAAUAGGAUUAAAGGUGUCUGUUUAAACUGUAGAAUAAUUGC